UGAAGAAGACAUCUCAGAGAUGAUGAUUUCUUAAAGAAAAUUGCAUCUUUACACUAAGAAAAAAGUAUCUUUAGUACUAAACUGCCAACUUACAUUUAUUGUGGUUUAGUGGUCACAUUUUCAGUAUAAUUUCAGAGGCCCAGUGAAGGCACACAGGGUGACAUAGAAUAGCCUUUUCAUCCAUAGUGGUUAUAUCCCUAACUCUAAGUAAAAUAAGAGAGCUCAAGAAUUCAAGGUGGCACAGCUCCAUCGAGUCAAAGGUUUCUAGGCCUGUGUGAUCCCUGACCCCAUCUAACCCCACUCUUCAUCAGAGUCCUUGCAAUAAUAGCCCUCUAUAUGACUUAGCACCAAUACUUCUCAGAUGCCAUUGAUCAUUAUUGAUUCCUUCUCUGAGAGGGAGGAGGAGGGCACAGAGGAGAGUGAACUACUCAGAACUUUGCUGAAGCACACUCAAUACACCUUUUUAAAUAUAGACAAUGCCUCUGUGUGAGCCUCAGCCCCACCUAGUGAUGUUAAGGGACAGGCCAGAUGACUACAGAGCGGGAAGGUGAGAGGGCACUGCUGUUGACUAUUGCAUGACAGCUCUUACCACAGAGACUCUUCCGGUGAACAAAUUGAUGUGGGUGAGAAGUGUUUGGACAGGAACAAGAAGUGGUGAGCAGAGCAGAGGGAAAGACCUGGUUAAGAUGAGCCUGAACUUUGUUUCUUCCUUUCCCGUUUUUACUCACUUAUUCUUCUCACUUAGCCAAGCUCUGUUUCUUUAAAUUAACUUAUCGUACAACACUGACAUGUGUUUAGACUCACUUUGGAUUAACUGACAUUACCCUGACUUCUGUCUGACGGCGACCUGUUGGACCGUACAGAAGAGAUAUGACACAGAAAGGUACUAUGACAAGCAAUGGCACCGCUAAGAAGGGAGAAGAGCUCAAAAUUGUUAUUGUGGGUGAUGGGGGUUGUGGGAAAACAUCCCUUCUAAUGGUCUAUGCUAAAGGAGACUUUCCAGAGAAGUAUGCUCCGUCUGUGUUUGAGAAAUAUGUCACCACAGUCAAGUAUGGAGGGAAAGAGAUUAGACUCAACCUCUAUGACACAGCUGGCCAAGAUGACUACGAUCGUUUGAGGCCACUCUCCUAUCAGAAUGCCAACCUGGUGUUAGUCUGUUAUGACGUAACCAACCCCACCAGUUUUGAAAAUGUCUUAAUCAAAUGGUACCCGGAAGUGAACCACUUCUGUCGCGAUGUUCCUGUCAUUCUGAUUGGCUGUAAGACUGACCUGAGAAAGGAUAAGGAACGUACCAGAAGGCUCAAAGCCAUGGACCAGGCUCCCAUUACUUACACACAGGGUGAGGAGACCAGGCGGCACAUGAGUGCUGAGCUUUAUCUGGAGUGUUCAGCCAAAUAUCGUGAAAACGUGGAGGACAUUUUCAGAGAGGCCACUAAAAAAGCCCUGGCAUCCAGCCGCAGAGCAAAACACCGUACGAGGAAGAGGCAUUGUGUCGUCCUGUGACCUCUUAGUGAAAGGACAGAGGCUUGAAGUCAAUUGACACAACAGGACACCCUGUCCCCUGGUCUUACAUGUCAAAUCUACACCAUCUGCUGCUUGUCUAUUAUAAACAACUGCUUGUCACAUCCUGGGUCAACCCAUCCUGGGUCAACCAAUUUCAUCAAGAGCCUGUCUGGAGACACCAUCCCCAGCCAACUCAUGCCCUUGGAAUCUGGACAAUGAUAUUCAACACUGAACUAAUGUCUGCUAGGGUCGAGAUGGUAAUCCUGCUAGUUCUGUGGGCGCAAGGUCUAUCCUGGGAUUCCAGAGUGGUUUUGUCUCCACGUUAGGCCAAAGUAUAAGUGGGAAUAUGAUAAAGUAGAUUGAGAUUGUGUACCAUAGAAUUUAGUCAAAUAUCCUUUUUAUCAGUGACUGAAUUGCUAUUUUUACUUUUAUAAAUAAUUUGUUGUACCCAUAA